AUGACCAAGUCCAAGAAUUUCCUUAACAAUAUCAUCAAAACUCUUGGGUUCAGCUCAAGUAAAGAGGGACAAAAUGAAGAGGACUUGGAAAAGAUUGCUGCCCAGGAACAGAAGGUUUUCCCUUUCGAAACAUUGGUUGCCGCUACGAAAAAUUUUCACAGCACUCAUGAGCUCGGAAGAGGCGGUUUUGGGCCCGUUUAUAAGGGGAAGUUGGAGGAUGGGAGAGAGAUUGCGGUGAAGAAGUUGUCACAAAGUUCAAAUCAAGGAAAGAAAGAGUUUAUGAAUGAGGCCAAGUUGUUAGCUCGUGUGCAGCACCGCAAUGUUGUGAAUUUGUUGGGCUAUUGUGCACAUGGGGUAGAGAAACUACUUGUUUAUGAGUAUGUCGCACAUGAGAGCCUUGACAAGCUUCUCUUCAAAUCGAAUAGACGGGAGGAGCUUGACUGGAAGCGGAGGUAUGAUAUAAUAUGCGGCAUUGCAAGGGGUUUGCUUUACCUUCAUGAAGAUUCACACAAUUGUAUUAUACACCGAGACAUCAAGGCGAGCAAUAUUCUACUCGAUGAUAAAUGGGUCCCCAAGAUUGCUGAUUUUGGCAUGGCCCGCCUCUUUCCUGAAGACGAAACGCAUGUCAAUACCCGUGUAGCUGGUACCAAUGGGUAUAUGGCUCCAGAGUAUGUUAUGCAUGGCCAUUUAUCAGUGAAGGCGGAUGUGUUCAGUUUUGGAGUUGUGGUUUUGGAGCUGAUCAGUGGCCAGAGAAAUUCAUCGUUCAACUUAAAUGUUGAUGCGCAGAGUCUACUUGAUUGGGCAUACAAGCUUUACAAGAAAGGGAGGAGCUUGGAGAUUAUGGACCCGACAUUAGCAUCAUCUGCGGUCACGGAGCAAGUAGCAAUGUGCAUUCAAAUGGGGUUGCUAUGCAUACAAGGUGAUCCCCAACUCAGACCCACCAUGCAUCGUGUGGUGGUAAUCCUGUCCAAGAAACCGAGCAAUCUGGAAGAGCCAACUAGACCUGGAGUACCCGGAUCAAGAUAUAGAAGAUCUCGCCGGCAAGUAGGACUGUCUUCCACUGGUGGAACUUCUGGUGAAUCUAAUUCCCGUUCCCGUACAUUUGAUUCGAGCUUUACUGCCACUGGAACCACUUCAGCAGCACCAGAACUAGAUGACCGUGGCAAGCGUCCGGUGGAAAGUUAG